AUGGGUGAAUUAGAGGAUAUUGUUGAGCACAUGAGGAGGUUUUCCUGGCCGGAUUACCUGGUGUUUGUGACCAUGCUGUUUCUGUGCAUCUUGAUUGGAAUUUACUUUGGAUUUAUGCAACGGAAACCGAGCACGGAAGUGGAGUAUCUAAUGGGAGGCCGAACCAUGCUGGUGUUUCCCAUUGCGCUGUCGCUAAUCGCUAGUUUCAUAUCCGGUAUCACCCUGCUCGGACUACCCACGGAAGUGUACUCCUUCGGCAUUCAGUAUGUGUACGUUGCGCUGGGCGUGGCCACCAUGGGUCUUGUUAUGGGGUACAUUUAUCUGCCAGUGUUUCACAAGCUUAACAUUACAUCCACUUAUGAGUACCUGGAAACACGUUUCGAUCGUCGAUUGCGGAUGUUCGGAUCGAUAAUGUUCACUAUUAUGAAUAUUGGUUAUCUGCCGAUCGUCAUAUACGUCCCUGCUCUCGCAUUCAACCAAGUGACGGGAGUGAACAUCCACGUGAUUACGCCCAUCGUGUGUAUUGUGUGCGUGUUUUACACCUGUGUGGGGGGCCUUAAGGCGGUAGUCUGGACGGAUGUGGUUCAAACGUUUUCCAUGUUCGGCGCCCUGGUGCUGGUAGCGGUGAAAGGAACGCUCGAUUUGGGCGGUGCUGAAACCGUGUUUCGCCGGGCCUGGGACACGGACCGCUUGGAGAGGCCUAACUUCGACAUUAAUCCCAUCACGCGGCAUACCUUCUGGUCGCAGCUGAUCGGAGGUUUUGUCUAUUGGCUGCAGACGAAUGCCGUUAGCCAGAAUAUGAUCCAGCGUUAUCUGUCGCUGCCGUCGGUCAGGGCUGGCCGGAAGGCGCUGUGGAUUUUCGUGGUUGGAGUGUGUUUGCUCAUGUCGCUUUGCAGUUACUGCGGUUUGCUGAUCUACGCUACCUAUCAGAAGUGCGAUCCAUUGACCACCAAGUUGGCAAAAGCAAAAGAUCAACUCCUUCCACUGUUCGUUAUGGAUAUCUUGGGAGAGUUGCCCGGCUUGCCGGGCCUUUUCGUCGCUGGAGUAUUCAGCGCGGCGUUGAGCUCUCUGUCGACAUGUUUGAACUCCAUGUCGGCGGUCAUUUUGGAAGAUUUCGUGAAACCCUUCGUGAAGAAACCUCUUUCCCGCAGAGCGGUCAAUUGGAUCAUGCGAUCGGUGGUAGUCGGUGUGGGUGCCCUGUGUGCGGCACUUGUUUUCGUGGUGGAAAAAAUGGGAACUGUUUUGCAGCUAACCAUGAGCCUGGAGGCCAUCACCAAUGGUCCCCUGCUGGGGACGUUUACCCUGGGAAUUCUUGUGCCGUGGGUUGAGUCAAAGAGUGCCCUCACCGGUGGAAUCGUUGGUGUGCUGUUCAUGUCUUGGCUGAGUUUGAAGGCACAGUACGCCGUGGCUACCGGAGCGAUAGUGUUCCCUCACAAACAAAUGUCCGUGGAGGAAUGCAGCUACAACUUCGACAGAUCUGUGAUCAACGCCACGACGACUAGCCUAAUCACUGCUGAUGAAAUUUUUCCCCUGUUCCGAAUAUCCUACAUGUGGUACACCUUUUUGGGUGCCGCAGUUACUAUUGUGGUUUCCUUGGGGUGUACAUUGGUGUAUGGAACGAACGACCCCAAAGCGGUUUCACCGGACCUGCUGGCAGGGUUUGUGCGAAGAUUUGUACACGGAGGAAGCGAAAGCGGCGAAAAGGCGCCUAAGGAAAAACUGAAGCUGAACAACACUAACAAUGGUACGGACGAGAUUCUGAAAGAAUCACAGCUGUAA